UCCCCAUCUCUCUAUAGUCUCAAUUCAUAGACUUAAAAAAAACUCCAUUUUUUCUCUUCAACUUUCUCUCUCUAAAAUGGAGUCGACCUCAACGACCAUGCCCUCUUUUUCCGGCGACUUUUCAUCUAUUUUCCUUCAAAUUUAGCACCAAAAUUUAAAAAAAUAUUCAUUCGAUUCUUCAAGUAUUUUUUUUUGGGAUCUUUGAAGCAAUGGGAGAAGAAGAUAAAGGAGAAGUAGCUAAGAAACUAAUUGAAAUAGUAAAUGAUAUAUCGAGCAUUUCGGAGUUUAGAAAUUCUGUGAAAAAACAGUUUUGUAAUUUAGCUAGAAGGCUCAAGUUGUUGACUCCAAUGUUUGAAGAGAUUCGUGAUAGCAAAGAUAAAUUACCUGUUGAAACAAUGAAAUCCUUGAUUUCGUUAAAAAAAGCUCUUGAAUCUGCUAAGGAAUUGCUUAAAUUCGGUAGUGAAGGUAGCAAGAUUUAUCUGGUGCUAGAAAGGGAGCAUAUCAUGAAUAAAUUUCAAGAGCUGACAUCCCAGCUUGAACAAGCUUUGAAUGGAAUUUAUUAUGAAAAGCUUGAGAUAUCCGACGAAGUUAAAGAACAGGUUGAACUUGUCCUUUCUCAGUUUCGUAGAGCCAAAGGAAGAGUUGACACGCCUGAUGUUGAACUGCAUGAAGAUUUGCUGUCUCUUUAUAGCAGGAGUAAUGAUGCCGCUGUAGAUCAAGAUGUCCUCAGGAGGUCAGUUGAUAAGCUACAGCUAACUGAGUUAGAUGACCUUAAACAAGAGUCACUAGCUUUGCAUGAAAUGGUCAUUGCAACUGAUGGAGAUCCCGAGGAGAGAAUAGAGAAGAUGUCAAUGCUACUGAAGAAAAUUAAGGACUUCGUACAGACUGAUAAUCCAAACAUUGAUUCUUAUGCAAGAGAUAAGUCUUCAACUUAUAGUGGACAAGCAUCUGCAGAUGGAAGCCAGAAGGCCCCAGUUAUACCAGAUGAUUUUCGUUGCCCUAUAUCCUUGGAGUUAAUGACAGAUCCCGUCAUUGUUUCAACUGGACAGACCUAUGAACGUUCUUGUAUUGAGAAGUGGCUGGAAGCUGGACAUAGUACUUGUCCCAAGACUCAACAAGCCCUCACAAGCAAAUCUCUGACACCGAACUAUGUAUUGCGUAGCCUUAUAGCACAGUGGUGUGAAGCGAAUGGGAUUGAACCACCCAAAAGACCAGGUAGUUCUCCACCCAAGAAGUCUGCAUCUGCAUGCACCCCUGCCGAGCACUCGAUGAUAGAAAAUCUCCUGAGAAAGCUCAAAUCUGGCAGCCCUGAAGAGGCGCGUUCUGCUGCAGGUGAAAUCCGCCUUCUUGCUAAGCGUAAUACUGAUAAUCGUGUCGCAAUAGCUGAAGCGGGUGCCAUUCCUCUGCUAGUCCAUCUUCUAUCCACACCUGAUUCUCGAACUCAAGAGCAUGCUGUUACAGCACUUCUUAACCUUUCCAUAUGUGAGAACAAUAAAGGACACAUUGUAACUUCAGGAGCAGUGCCUGGUAUUGUGCAUGUACUCAGGAAGGGGAGCAUGGAAGCACGUGAAAAUGCAGCAGCCACCUUGUUUAGCCUUUCCGUUAUAGAUGAAAAUAAGGUCACCAUUGGUUCUUCAGGAGCGAUUCCUCCGCUUGUGGCAUUACUAAGUGAAGGUACACAAAGGGGAAAGAAAGAUGCGGCUACAGCACUUUUCAAUCUAUGCAUUUAUCAAGGGAACAAGGGCAAGGCAAUAAGAGCUGGAGUUGUACCUACAUUGAUGCGGCUGCUCACAGAACCUCAAGGUGGUAUGGUUGAUGAAGCACUUGCUAUUUUAGCAAUCUUGUCGAGUCAUCCAGAAGGUAAGGCAGCUAUUGGAGCUGCAGAAGCAGUUCCUGUUUUGGUGGAUGUGAUCUCAAAUGGUUCUCCCAGAAACAAAGAAAAUGCAGCUGCGGUUUUAGUACACCUCUGCUCUGGUGACCAACAUCAUCUGGUCGAAGCACAGCGACUUGGUUUGAUAGCUCCUUUGAUGGAUUUAGUACAAAAUGGCACACAAAGAGGCAGAAGAAAAGCAACCCAACUGCUUGAAAGAAUGAACAGACUUGCUGAGCAGACAAAACAGCCCCAGGCGCAAGCCGAGUCUCAAACUCAGAACCAGCUAUCGCCGUCACCACCCUCAUCUACUAAUGCCGUUGAAAGUUGAAUGCAUCUAAACAAGUUGGGGUCAGCUAAGUACAACUAAAUACUUCUUGUUUGUAUUUUCUAGUUCGCGUGCUUUUUUAUCUCGGUUCUUUUUGAAGCAUUUGAUGACAUUUAGCGCGGCUUUAGAGAAAGAGGGGUGGGGUGAGGGAAAGGUGGAAGAUCACCAAUCCCGUUCAUUAAGUUAUUUUAUUUGUUUUUCUUGUGGUUGAAGAAUAGGCCAUGGAAUGAAGGUAAGAACUGAAAACAUACAGAAGUGAAAAAUUGAUAUGCAAAAUGUCUAAUGUAUCAUUGUAAGUUGUAACAGUUGUACAAGUGUAAUCUUCCUCAGUUUUUAUCGAAGGAGAUGCUUUCCAGUGUAAUUCUGCUA